AUGGCAAAGUCUUUAAAAAGAAAGAAAAUUCACCAAUGUGAUGUUUGUGAAAAAUUCUGCGAAGCAUCAUCAAUUCUUAAAGUUCACGUGAAAAUUCAUACUGGAGAGAAACCUCACAAAUGUGAUAAACCUUUCAAAUGUGGUGUUUGUAAAAAGAAAUUUCCAAUUAAAAGUAUUCUUAAUGCUCAUAUAAACAUAUACACUAAAGGGAAACAUAACAAAUGUGAUGUUCGUAAAAAAUGUUUUAUAAGAUCUUAUUAUUUGAAUGUUCACAUGAGAAAACAUACUGGAGAGAAACCAUAUGAAUGUGAUAUUUGCAGUGUAACACAUACUGGAGAGAAACCAUACAAAUGUGAAGUUUGUAAAAAAAGUUUUAAUCAGGCAUCUGGUCUUAAAAUUCACUUUAGAGUACAUACUGGAGAGUAUGACUAA